ACCUCCAAUCCCCAUCCAUUGACAACAGCAUUCUUCGUCGCUUGCAUCACAACUGAGCAUUUGCUAUCGGUAUUCCCCUUCAAUCUUUCAAUUGAAUGUGUUGCACAGCGUCUAACGUCGCACUUCUGUUAUGACCAAAAGACCAAGGCGCCGGCUCAUACUAGCGCAUACAAAGUACCUAGUCAUUGCCAUCGCAAAACCCUCAUUCCUCGAAUAAGAUAAGAGAUCCACCUCGAAAAAUCUCAGAUGCCCUGGCAGACCUGCAUCGUUUCUUUCAGCACCACGUCAGUGCCGCAAAGCCUCACGACGACUGAGACAAGCAACGUAGGUUAACAACAUGUCGACACCACAUCCUUCUCGAGACACAGAGCCCUCGCCUUCGAAUCACUCUGCAGCGCCGCCUCAAAGACCAGAGCCCACUGCUCUGCAAGGUGCUCAAGGGCCAAGUACCUCGAAUGCGACGCUGAGGCCAGAGGUCUCUGGGCCAGGAAUCCCGAAGAAGAGGAGAAAUCAUCGAGCGGGGAAGAAAAAACGUGCGAGAAGGCAGUCAUUCGCGGCGUCGACUGAAGAAGGGCAUGGUUUACCGGAAAAUACACAAUCAUAUCGAGCAAGUGGUACAGGAAACGCUGCUAGGGCCAGUUUCUAUAGACUACAGGGGCGGAACUUAAGCAAUACUAGCAUCGAGAGUGAAGCUCUACUCGACCAUAGAGACCAGCAGAGCAUGCGACCUCGAAGAUCCUCUGUUAUGGGCCAGAGCGCAUUUGGAGGAUCUAUGUACGAAACUCCAACCUCGUAUCGACCACAAUACCAAAAUCCUUUUACGUCUGAUGCCGAUACUCGACGACCAAGGAGUUCAAGAAAAGACAACAAUGAGCAGGAUGAGGCUCCAGAUGAUGAGAGGGCUCCACUCAUAUCCUCUUCAGCAAGGUCAAAAAGCUCAGCGGCAGCUUUAGGAUAUGGUGGCAUGGAUGGCUCUCAGGUCAGUCUUCCAAAAUCGCGGGAUAAUCGCCGAGCCUCGAGCAAGUCCUCAUCUAGGAGCAAUAAGAAGAGAACGAUAUUCGAUAGGCAAAGUCCAGCGUUUCCCCACGAGAGCGAACAGUAUAAUGUUAACUACCCUCCCUCGAUGCCUGGUAGCCCCAGGCUCAGUGCCUCCAGGGACAUGAGUUUUGGGGAUAUGAUGGUCAGGGAUGACUUUGAGCCAAACCCCGACCUUGACCGGGACGAUGCCAACGAGAAUGCGAUCGAUGAGAGAUCAUUGCCGGGAUCGCCAAGAAAAGACUCUGCAUAUGACGGACGCAGACAUACAAUAGCUUUGCAGGCCGAGGAGGAUGUAUGCUUUCCUAUAGAAGGUAUGUCCGAGUUGGCAGAUGAGGAUAUGCACAGACGAGAAGGCGAACCAUACAGGCGGGAUAACGGGCCACGACGAAGACGAAGCAAGUGGCCAGACCUAGCCAUGCUCGAUGAAUGGAGUAGAUUUGAGAAGGAAGGCAGAAGUGAAGAACGCAGAGCGAAGAAGAUCACGGAGCCACAAUUGAUUGGGGGACGUCUGCGACCAAUUCACAGGGGGUGGCAUAGAGCCGAGGAUGACGCCCCAUACCGGUUCACAUAUUUCAAUGAGGAGUUUCAAAGUACGAUUCAUAGCUCGACUAUAUCAGAACUCAUCCAGCCUGGUCAAAGUUUCAGAGAACUUUUCGUCCCAGAUCCACCGGAGUUGACUGACAGCUCAGAAUCAGAGGAAGAGGAAGGACCACCACGUGCAGAUGAUGCCUACCUUCGUCACUUCCCUGGAGCAAAUGGAGACUCAAGAGUACCCACACGUCAAGGUUCGGUCAUUGAUCAACCAGGAAGGCCCGAGUCGAGACGUGGUGGUUCCGUUACUGGAGGCGAUGGAAAGAUCAAUUCCAGAGAGUCUUCUGGAGGCGUAACGCCGAACCGAGGGAUAAAGUCUCCACCUCCGGCAUCUGCAGGCCCAAACAUGCAAGCGGAAAAGACCAAACGUUAUGGUGAACGUCCAACAUGGUGGCUUGACGUACUUUCGCCGACUGAUGCUGAGAUGAAAGUACUGUCUAAAACAUUUGGCAUCCAUCCUCUAACAGCAGAGGAUAUCAUGAUGCAAGAAGCUCGUGAGAAGGUCGAACUUUUCCGCAACUACUACUUCGUAAAUUAUCGUUCCUUCGAACAAGAUAUGAACAACGAGGACUUCCUGGAACCUGUCAACAUGUACGUUGUUGUAUUUCGAGAAGGUGUUAUAAGUUUUCACUUUUCCAUGACGCCACAUCCUGCAAAUGUUCGUCGACGUAUUCGCCAGCUGAAAGACUAUCUGCUUCUGUCAUCUGACUGGAUCUCUUAUGCCAUCAUUGACGACAUCACUGAUGUCUUUGCACCUUUGAUCCAAAGCAUUGAAGAUGAGGUCGAUGAUAUUGAUGAUGCAAUUCUCAAACUCCACUCUCCAUCUGCGGAAGAGAAACAUGAUAACAAAGACAACGAGAAACGAUCCGAAGGAGGAGAUGGUACAUCGGGUGAAAGUGGUGGCGAUAUGUUGCGUCGGGUCGGAGAUUGCAGAAAGAAAGUCAUGGGACUAUACCGCCUGCUGGGAAACAAGGCAGAUGUUAUCAAGGGAUUCGCCAAGCGUUGCAACGAACACUGGGAAGUUGCCCCGAGAAGUGAGAUUGGGUUAUAUCUUGGCGAUAUUCAGGACCAUAUCAUCACCAUGACUGGCAAUCUAUCGCACUACGAGAAAAUACUUGCACGUUCACAUGCUAACUAUCUAGCACAAAUCAAUAUCCGCAUGAACGAGCGACAAGAACAAACCGCCGACGUGCUGGGAAAACUUACAGUUCUAGGCACAAUCGUCUUGCCUAUGAAUAUCAUCACGGGUCUCUGGGGUAUGAACGUCUGGGUUCCGGGGCAAGAGUAUGAGGGUGAUCUAACUUGGUUUUGGUGCCUGGCUGCGGGACUACUGGUCUUUGGUAUCAGCUGCUUCUUCAUUGCGAAGAUCGCUUACAGAAUUGUCUGAUCACCUAGAGCUGAGGACAUUACUCCUAAAAGGGGUGAAGUGAGGUUGUAUAUAGUGAUCCAAAAGUUUGGAAAGCAAUUGUACAAAAUGGCGUCGGAUUGUACAGAAAACGACACAGAUUGUAUAUAGACAUUCAACCUAGAAAGGGUUGGAAUAGUACAAAAAGGUCGGCAACACAGCAGGGAGUUUAGGCAGCAAGCACAC